UCAAUGCGUUUGAGUCGUACGGCAUUAGGGAAGACAACUGUCGGACAGAUAUUGAAUCUGAUGUCCAAUGAUGUCAACAGAAUUGAUGAUUUUGCAUUCUCUGCCCAUUCCUGGGUUGUGGCACCACUACAGACAACACUCAUACUAUACCUACUUUGGGAACACCUGUCUUAUGCCUGUUUGGCGGGACUGACAGUACUCUUACUAUUCAUACCAUUCCAGGGAGUGAUGGGUAAAAGUUUUGCGAGUGUCCGCCGAAGUACUGCAAAGUUGACGGACAAUAGGAUCCGGGUUAUGAACGAAAUCAUAACUGGGAUGCGAGUCAUUAAGAUGUAUACCUGGGAGAAGCCGUUCGCACAGUUGGUUGCAUUGGCCCGAAAACAGGAAGUAAUCAAAAUAAAACACUCGAGUUUUCUAAAGGCAGUGAAUCUAUCGUUUUAUUUCGUGGCCUCAAAGAUAGUACUGUUCGCCUGUUUUGUCACUUAUAUCUACUUAGGCCGACGGCUCACCGCUGAGGCUGUGUUCGUCACAAUGGCUUACUUUAAUACUAUGAGGAUUACUGUCACCAAACAGUUCCCGCAGGGAAUCGCCACCACCGCCGAGCUAUUGGUCUCAUGUAAUCGGGUGAAGACAUUUUUAUUGCUUGAUGAACUCGAUAGCCAAAUGGUAACUGAUGGCUCAAGUGAUGAUAUAACAGACAUCAAGAAGUCACUCAUUAGGAAAGGCUAUGAAAAGAAUAAUAAUGAUAACGAAGAAAAGGGCACCAAAUACUUAUCCGGCGAAUUAUUAGCUGUUAUCGGAUCGGUAGGCAGUGGAAAGAGUUCAUUCCUGAUGUCAAUACUGAAUGAGCUGACCCUGGAGUCUGGUUCGCUGCGAGUGUCGGGAAGGGUGUCGUACGCCCCACAGGAAUCGUGGGCUUUCAUGUCGACCGUCAGAGAGAAUAUUCUGUUCGGCACUGAAUAUAACGAACAGAAAUACAAUCGAGUCGUUCACGUGUGCGCUCUCGAGAGGGACUUCAAACUGUUCCCAUUCGGUGACAAAACUCUUGUGGGAGAACGCGGUGUAUCUCUAAGCGGGGGUCAAAAAGCGAGAAUCACCUUGGCACGUGCCCUAUACCACGAGGCGGAUGUCUACCUACUGGACGACCCCCUGUCGGCCGUCGACGCGUCGGUCGCUAAACAUAUUUUUCAAAAAUGUAUUGUGGAAUUCCUGAGAGAAAAGGCCCGCAUAUUAGUGACACAUCAGAUCCAGUUCCUCAGAGACGCCCAUAAGAUACUGGUGCUAAAGGAGGGCAAAUGUAUAGCUUUGGGCAGUUAUGAUGAGCUGACAAAAGCGGGCAUUAAUUUCAUGUCAUUCGUCACAUUAAGCGAAACCAAAGCCAACGAUAAGAAAAAUACCAAAAAUGACAAAACAGACCAAAACAUAGCUCUGCGACACUUGAAUCGGGCCAUAUCUAUCAGCCCCUCCAUCGCCAGUAGUAUUGGCGGCCAUUCAGAGGCGGCCGUCGAUGAGAUCAAAUCGAUGGACGGUUUAGAUGAAGACGAGCCCAAAAUGAAAGAGGAGACCAAAGAGAUCGGAUCCAUUAGCGGCAGUGUUUACUGGGAGUACGUUAAGGCCGGUGCCGGACCCAUACUUAUGACCAUCACUUUGGCCACAACUGUCAUCUCACAGGCCCUCUACCAGGGAAGCGAUUAUUGGCUGACCUGGUGGACUAACGAAGUGGACAAACCGGACGGAGUGGUCAAUCAGGACAUGAAUGUCAUAAUCUACUCGUGUCUUAUCGGAGCCCUAUUCCUGACGGCAUUGGCCAGAAGUACCUCAUUCUUCGUGAUGUGUAUGCGCUCGUCGAUCACACUUCACAACAGAAUAUUCUAUUCGCUCUUAAGAGCACCCAUUCAUGUGUUUGACAGCUCGCCAGUAGGAAGAAUACUGAAUCGAUUCACGAAAGACACCGGUAUUGUAGACGAGGCCCUGCCAUCCACUGCAUAUGAUCUCCAAAUGACAGUCACUAAUGCAUUGGGAAUACUAAUCAUGAAUUCAGUGGUCAAUUGGUAUCUCAUAUUUCCGGCCAUUUUUCUGGUGUCCGUAGUGUUUGUCUGCAGAUAUUUCUACAUCAGAUCCGCGCGAGAUAUCAAACGAUUGGAGGGAUUGUCCCGGAGUCCAAUCUACUCGCACGUGAGCACAACCCUCACCGGCCUGUCGACUGUCCGCGCCUUUGGGGCCGAAAAGCUAUUUGAGAGACAGUUCGAGCGCUACCAGAAUGACAACAGCGCCACCUUUUUCAUGUUUGUCUGCACCUCCCGGGGCUUCGGUAUACUCAUGGACUGGAUUUGCAUUAUUUAUAUCAGUUCUAUCGUCACAUUCAUUAUGACUUUCAAGGGCCUUCCCGGUGGAGACGCCGGUCUCAUCCUAUCUCAAGCGUUAAUGUUGACGGGAAUGACUCAAUGGGGGGUCCGGUGCUCAGCGGAUCUCGAGUCCUAUAUGACAGCAGUCGAGCGAAUGCUUGAGUACUCGCGUAUCGCACCCGAGGCUGAGUUGGACUCGACGGCCGACGCCAAGCCGGCGCCCGAUUGGCCACAAACGGGUCAAAUCGCUUUCCAAGACAUGAGCCUCCAGUACCACGAGUCGCCCAAACCGGUGCUCCGGCACAUCAAUUGCCUCAUCAAAGGC